AUGUUGUAUCACGUCCCACUUCUCUUGUCAGCUGCUGCUGCUGUGAGCGCCAGCAAUGAGUGGCAAGCCCCUGGUGCAUAUGACCGUAGAAGCCCUUGCCCCAUGGUCAACGCGGUGGCAAACCAUGGAUUUCUUCCUCGCGACGGAUUGAACAUCUCUUUGGCUGACUUGAUUGUCGCCUUCACCGAUGCUGUCAACCUGGACCCUGCUGCUACUACGCUGGUGGGACAAAAGGCAUUGACCACUGGAGAUAACGUCACUUUUGACUUGGACAACCUGAACAAGCAUGGUGUCAUCGAACACGAUGGCAGCCUGAGCCGUAACGAUAUCUUCUUCGGCGAUAACCACAGCUUCAACCAGACCAUCUGGGACUCUGUAGCAUCUCACUUCACCGAGUCUACCAUCUCCAUUCAGACAGCCGCUACUGCCAGGAAGCAGCGUCUCCAAGCCGCCGCCGCCGCCAACCCUGAGUUUACACUCACUGCCGACGGCACCCAGUUCAGCUUCAUCGAGUCCGCCCUCUACUUGUCCAUUUUCGGUAACGUUCAGGAGGGCAAUGCUGUGACUGAGUGGGUCAAGGUGUUGUUCGGUAAGUCACCUUUAUUCGCCUUGUUGAACGCUCACUAA